UAGUAUAAAACGUAAUUGCGCACGUGAUGUAUUUUACUUUCUUUUACAUGUAUACACUUAUUCGUAAUUAUUAAUAUUUGUAUUAUGAUCUAUAUAAAUUUAUAUUGUGAUAAAUGAAUUAUAUUAAAAGUUUAUUAUAAAAUUGUUAUACAAUUUUGAAUGAUUAAGAAAAAUAGAUUUAUAAAGUUGUUAGAUUUUGUUAAUUUUUGAUUUGUUGAAACGUACUAAAAAAAAUGACUUCACCGUUUACUUGUAUCACAUGUCGCGUAGCAUUUAAAGAUUUGGAAAUACAAAGACAACAUUAUAAAUCAGAUUGGCAUAGGUAUAAUUUAAAGAGAAAAGUAGCUGAAUUACCUCCUGUAUCUGCUGAAGAAUUUCAGAAAAAAGUAAUUGCGCAAAGGAAUAAAGAUGACAAAGAAAAAGAAGAAGAAACAAUGAGUUGUAAAAUAUGUAGAAAAAAUUUCAACACUAGAAAUCAGUAUGAAAAUCAUUUAUUAUCGAAGAAACAUAAGGAAAAAUAUAUAAAACAAAAUAUUCCUUCUGAAAUUGUAAAUGAAGAUCUCAGUGAUGAUGGUCCUUCGGAAAGUUCUAUUAUUAAGAAAAAUAUAAAUGAAGAAAUUUCCAAGAAAUAUCUAAAAGAACAUGUAGAAGAAAAUUCCGAUAUUGAAUCUAUAGAUUCUGAUGAAUGGCUUGAAGAUAUUGAAAAUCCAGUCACAAAUAAUAAUUGUUUAUUUUGCAGUCAUCAUAGUAGAUCUUUAGUAAAGAAUUUAAAACAUAUGACGAUUGCACAUUCAUUCUUUAUACCAGAUCCUGAAUAUUGCACAGACAUUAAAGGUUUACUUGAAUAUCUUGGAGAAAAAAUUAUUAUUGGAUAUAUGUGUAUUUGGUGUAAUAAUUCUGGAAGAUGUUUUCAAAGUGCUGAGGCUGCUAGAGCACAUAUGAUUGACAAAGGUCAUUGUAAAAUGUUGCAUGAAGGAGAUUCACUUGUAGAAUAUGCAAAAUAUUAUGAUUAUUCAUCUAGUUAUCCUGAUGCAGAAUCUAAUGAUCCAGAUGCAGAAAUUGAAAUACCAGAAUUAGAUGAUAGUGAUUAUCAGCUAAUAUUACCAUCAGGAAAUAUUAUUGGUCAUAGAUCUUUAUUAAGAUAUUAUAAACAAAAUUUGAAUCCAAAUAGAGCACUUGCAGUAUCAAAAAGCACAAAAUUACGUAAAGUAUUAUCACAAUAUAAAGCUUUAGGAUGGACAGAAACAGAGAAAGAGGCUGUUGUAAAGAAAGCCAGAGAUAUAAAAUAUAUGCAGAGAAUACAGGCAAAAUAUUCUACACAAUUACAAUUUAAGGCAAAUAAAUUGCAAAAACAUUUUAGACCUCAAGUGAAUUUUUAAAUCUUCUUAUUAUGUGUAUAUUUAAAUAUUAUCGCAAGACUGUAUUCCUUUUUAAAUUAUAUAAUUUUUAUGGAAAAUUUUGUUGCUUGUUACAUUGUAUAUUUAUAUAUCUAUUAUCAAAAUAAAGUUGUACUUAUUUAAUUACAAUCUGCAUUUAAUAUAUUUUAUUGAUAUUUGAAAGGAUAUAUUAUUAGACAUUAGUCAUUAUAAACUGUAAUAUUUAUUUAGCAGAUUUACUUUUACAAAAUAACUUGUGAUAUAUUUUCGUAACAUGUGACGUCAACAAAAAUAAUAAUUUUUGUAAUAUUAUUCUAUACUCAUAUGGACCCAUCCAGUUAUUCCUGUAACCAUAAGCUAAAUCACUAUUUUCAAAAAAUUGUUAGACACGGAUCAAGAACUAUUCCGUGUUCUGUUAGUCUUUAUUGGUAGCUGUAAAAAAACGCGUACACAAUCGAACACUUCCAACGUUGUUUAUUGUGUACAUAUACAAUAUACUUUCAGUUUACCACCAGCGAACUAUAUAGAAAUGUAACUAGAGA